AUGACCCCAUUCGGGGGGGCCCCAGACCCUGGGGGCCCCGGGGGCCCCGGGGGCCCCCAAGGCCCCAGGGGGGCCCCACAGGGGGCCCCCCUAGAGGCUGGGUGGGGAGAUUUGCUGCUGAAGGAUGCGGAGCGCCUCUCAGCCUACAUCGAGCAGCAGCAGCAGCAGCAGCAGCAGCAGCAGCAGCAGCAGCGGUGGCGGCAGCAGCAGCAGCAAGAACUGGAGCUUUCUUGGGGCAGCAGUGCUGCUGCAGCGGUGCUGCCGGCGCUCCGGCGUUUGCUGCUGUCGUCUUGUUCGGAAAGGGCGAAAAUAAGAGAAACUGCAGAGCUGCUGCUGCAGCAGCAGCAGCAGCAGCAGCUGCAGCAGCAGCAGCAGCAGCAGCAAGGGCCCCUCAGCACUCAAGACCCCAAAAUACUCGCCGGCAAACUUUGGCUGCAGGGGAGGCUUUUUGCUAUUCAUGAAAGAGCCCCGCUGCAGCUUUGA